CUCAGAGUACUGAACCUUUUUCAGUUUGACAAAUAUGCAGUGACUAUUUAGAGUCUUUCUCACCUGACACCUCUUGACUUUACAAAUCCUUAUUCUCACCUGGCACUCCCCCCACCUCGACUUUACAAAUAAGAAAGCAGAGUCUCAGCAAAGUUAAGUGACGUGUCCAAGGUCAUCCAGCUAGUAAGCCAGAACUAGAACUCAUCUGUCUCCCAGACCCUUGCAACAUGUUAUGUAACUAGCAUUGUAUUUACUGGGCUAAAGAAAGAAAAAGGUGGUUGGAGGCGGAGGAGUUGGAAACGGUUAGUCGGAAGUGAAAGCUUUUCACCAUUCCCCCAAACUCGAGACCUUGCUGCAGCAGAUUAGGGAAGAAACCUGCUGCAAAAUGGAUAGAGGGUCUGGGAUAAGACUUAGCUCUUUUUUCCCGUUGCCAGCAGAUGGAGACAACAUAUUGGCUUCCCGAAGGGAGCUUGGCUUCGAAGAGGAGAAAAGUGAAAGCGGGUCUGGAUUCCUCCUCCUAGUAGAUGAAUCUGGCUGGCUCUCUCUUUUAUUCAAUGAUGGUCCAGGUUAAACCAUGCCUCGGGGCAUGAAUAAUCCAGGGGCGGUCCAGGUACCAAGUGCCACUCUCCAUAACCCCGCCAGUGGAGACCCCACUUCAGAAAGAAGUCAGUAUCCACUGAUGAACUCGAUCACUUCCGGGGUCCCUUAAGCAGGGUUCCCUAGUCAAGUGUGUCCCGCCCACUUACCUGCUUUUGCUGCGCGCCGAUUGGGCAAAACGUUCACUUUUCCCGUCCUGAAAGGGCGAGGUCCGCCCCCUCCCUCUGGGUCCGGGGUCGGCUUCCUACUGGCUAGUGCUCGCGGGCCCUCGACAGGGAGAUUGACGAACUGCGCAGGGGGGUGGAGCGGAAGCGAGGGAGCGGCGUCUGAUUGGUUGAGGGGGCCGAGGCCUCCGGAGAUUGACUUGGAACAGCUCGCCCGGAAUCCUGGAGUGAGCCGCCUCGUGGAGACCCCGAACCUCCAAGAACACCCCCCAUCCCCCUCCCCAUCCGCCCGGCUCCGCAGUCUUUCAAGAUGACUCUGGACGUGGGGCCGGAGGAUGAGCUCCCCGAUUGGGCGGCAGCCAAGGAGUUCUACCAGAAGUACGACCCCAAGGAUGUCAUUGGCAGGGGCAUAAGUUCUGUGGUCAGGCGCUGUGUUCACCGUGCUACUGGCCAGGAGUUUGCAGUGAAGAUCAUGGAGGUUACUGCUGAAAGGUUGAGUCCUCAGCAACUGGAGGAGUCACCCUCAUCGAUUCCUACGAGUCUUCUAGCUUCAUGUUCCUGGUGUUUGACCUGCAUAUCACCGAGAUAUAUCACCGAGCUAAAACCAGACCCUCGAAUACUUCACUGGGUUUAUAGCCUGUGUGACCGCAUAAGUGAUAGCCAUCCAUUUCUCUGGGGCUUUGACAAUCCAAUGCGGAAAGGAGAGCUGUUUGACUACCUCACAGAGAAGGUUGCUCUCACAGAGAAGGAGGCCAGGUCUAUCAUGCGGUCUCUGCUGGAGGCUGUGAGUUUUCUUCAUGCCAACAACAUCGUGCACCGUGACCUGAAGCCUGAGAAUAUUCUUCUAGAUGACAGUUUGCAGAUUCGCCUUUCGGAUUUUGGUUUUUCCUGCCACUUGGAACCUGGCGAGAAACUUCGAGAAUUGUGUGGGACCCCAGGAUACUUAGCCCCAGAGAUUCUGAAGUGCUCCAUGGAUGAAACCCACUCUGGCUAUGGCAAGGAAGUUGACCUCUGGGCCUGUGGGGUUAUCUUGUUCACACUCCUGGCUGGCUCUCCCCCAUUCUGGCAUCGACGCCAGAUUCUGAUGCUAAGAAUCAUCAUGGAGGGCCGAUACCAGUUCAGGUCACCAGAAUGGGAUGACCGAUCAGCAACUGUCAAAGACCUGAUCUCCAGGCUGCUCCAGGUGGAUCCUGAGGAAAGACUGACUGCAGAGCAGGCCCUGCAGCAUCCCUUCUUCCAACGCUGUGAGGGUAGCCAAGCCUGGAGCCUUUCUCCCCUUCAGCGAUUCAGGGUAGCAGUAUGGACAGUGUUGGCUGCAGGCCGAAUAGCCCUGAGCGCUCGCCGGGUAAAGCCCAUGACCAAGGGAGCUCUAUUAGGAGACCCGUAUGGGCUUCGACCAGUGAGACAACUCAUUGACAGUUGUGCCUUCCGCCUCUAUGGACACUGGGUAAAGAAGGGUGAGCAACAGAACAGGGCUGCCCUCUUCCAACACCGGCCUCCUGGCCCAUACCUGGGCUACAAUCCAGAAGAGGAGGGAGAUCCAGCCAACACUGAUGAUGAAUCUAUUGUUGCAUAGUUCAGACCUCUAUCCUGGAGCCCCCAGAAGUCUGCUUCCCAGCCCAAGAGCCUUGGGAAGUCCUGGUUUCUCCAUCUGAGGGCUUCAGUCCACUCAGUCACCUUGGACUCUCGCUGAAGGCAUUCUUCCCUUCUCGUGCUCUGUGAUGAUGAUGCUACUGUAAAGGGGACCAGUGCUAUGCCCCCAUCCCUGCUGCUCAGGACUACAGGACUUGAAUGGAAGGAAAAGGGACCAGCUGAGAAUGAUAUUCACAUCUUUGCUGUUGCUGUCCAUUUUUCAUGUGAAAUAAAUCAUCCUGCACACUGGGAAA